AGACGUGGCGAAGUCAAAGGACGUGCCUCGUGGCCCGCCUUAUUCUGUCUUAUUCUGCUUCUGAUUGGCUUACCCUAACCCUAACCCAGAGUGAUAUCUCUAUGGCUCUGCCCUAACCUAUCCCCACUCCCCAUACCUAAACCCAAGCCUUAACCUGACUACGUCGACCUUUCCAGCAGAUCCGAUACCCUGCACCCCUCCUCCUCCGACGGAUGUUUACGGUUGCCUAGCAACGUUAGUGCGCUGGUUUGUCAGCUACGGUGGUCCAAUGCAGAGUGCUGAAGGUGAGGAAGGCGGGGAGGAGGUAAGGGAGGAAAGCUCCAGUCCCACUGAGACAGACAGCAAGCUGCAGGAUGGAAGGGACACAGCAUCACAGGACUGUGAAGCGACUGUUGAACAGUGUGGCUCACAGAAUCAGUCAGAGCCAGAGCCUGAUGACCCCACCCCCCAGCUUCACCUGGACCACAGUGGCGACGACUACUCCCCUUCAUCCACUAAUUCAGUGCAAGCAAAUGUUGCUCAGGUGCCGUUGACACUUCACCUGCCCAACCUUAACACAUCAGAAGACAUGGAGGAUGAGGAGCCACUGCCGGAGGCCCAGGAGGAGGAAGAGGAGGACGAGUUUGUUGUUCUGGACUCUGAACAUCCCCUGGUCAGAAGGCAACAAGCUGCUCUAAACAGCCAGCUCAGCAAACAGCUGGAGCGGAUCAACCUGGGACUGAAGGAAAAGCUGGCAAUGGAGAAGGACGAUGCCAACUACAUACUGGAGAUAGGUGUUGAGAUGUACAGGAUUCAGGAGCAGCUGGCCAGACUCCAGACCAGACUGGAUGACCGUCAUCAAGCCAGUGCACAGGCUGAAGGCAAACAUCAACAGGCCCAGGAUCAGCUGGAGGCAAUGAAGAGCCAGUAUUCCUGUAUUACCAGCCAAAACGUCAAAGCCAAAGCCAAUGUGUCGCAGUUACAGGCGGAGAUGGACAAUUUGAUGCUGAAUCUCGUCUUCACACAAGGAGUCAGUGAAGAUCUGCAAUCUAAUGUCAAAGCCAUGAAGAAUGCCAGACGCAAAGCGGGAGCUGAGAAGACGCAGGCCGAAGACCAGAAAUUGAAGCAGGACAUGUAUGUGGAGCGUCUAACAAAGGAAAUGGAGAGGCUGACACAGCAGAUAGCCAUGUACGAGGCCCAAGCCAAAGCUCAAGCAGGGGAGACACAGGCAGCCAAAGAGGCUCUCUCUGAGGCUGAGAUGGAACUGCAGUAUCUGGAGAUGUCGCGUAAACAGCUGCUGCAUCAGUGGAGCGGCAGCCUGGUGGGCAUGAGGAAACGGGACGAGGCCUUCAGUGCGAUGCAGGAGGCGGUGCGUACCAUCGAGCAUCAGGUGAUCUUGCUGGACAGAGAGAUCGAAGGUUACAAGAGAUUCAUUGCUGAAGAGCAAGAGCAAAAUGAGACACUAACUAUGCAGCUGAACUGGUCCCAGAUGGACAGUGCCACCUCCAAAAGGCUGAUCAGCCAGAAGCAGGCCCAGCAAGAGGCUCAGCAGGCCCACUACAGCACCUCCCUCCGCACUCUGAGGGAGACGGAGCGCACCCUGGCCAGGCUCUCUAAGGAAACCAGCACCCACCAGGUUGAAGUGAACGAUCAGAGGAGGCAGCUGGAGAAAGAGAGUGCUGUGCGUCUGGAGUUGGAGGACAAGAUCAUGACCUACAUCCAGCACAAGCUCACUCACAACAAGGCUGCCAAGUACUCCCAACGGCUCACCAGCAGGAUAGCCACGCUUAAGAAGGAUAAGAUGUCUCAGUUGUGGCAACUGGAGAAUGCUGUAGUGACGGUGGGACUGGAGAGCAGCGAGGUCGGCCAACAUCUGGACAGCCUGGCCAUCACCCAGGAGGCCCUGGAUGAGGAGAUCACAAAGUACAACAAGUUAUUGGCAACCAACCAGAAUAAGAUCUCUUCCUUUACUACUCUGAUCGGGCAGAAGCAGGCCACCAUUGCCAACUAUAACAAAAAGCUCUAUGAAAUUGCAGCCAGCACUGGGUCUGAGGACCUGAGUCCUUUGCAAAUCAAUGUAGAGGCGUUAAAGGCUCAGAUCGAGGAGCUGGCAGCGAAUAUCAAGAGUGACCAGCAGCUCUGGAUGAAACGGCAGGGGACUCUGGUAGGGCUGACCCGGGAGAUAGAAGCCAACAGCAAGAACAUGCUCAAACUGCAGACAGAGUACACUGGCAUGCAGCAGAAGAAAAUACGCUUGGAGAGUCAGAUUGAGUUAGAGCACCGUGAGGAGGCGGAGCUGGAAAAGAAUGCCAAGAUGUUGAGCGGAGACCUGCUGAAGCUCAACACCCUGCUGAGCAAGAACGGACAGCUCAGCCAGGCGCUAGAGCAGCAGAACGCACUCAUAGAGACAGACUUCCUUCACAAACUCAAGGAGGCAGAGCGGGAGACUGUCCACAUGCAGAUGAAACACGAGAAGACCCAAGAGGAAAAAGAGAGACUCCUCAACAGUCUGGUGGAGGCGGAGCGGCAGAUUAUGCUGUGGGAGAAGAAGACCCAGCUUAUAAAAGAGACUCGUUCAGUUGUGGACUCAGAGGUGGGCCAGAGAGACAUCCAGAUGAUGAAGGCUGAGAUACACCGAAUGGAGGUGCGACUCACCCAGCUGAUGAAGCAGCAGGAGCGACUGCUGAGGGAGAGUGAAGCAACGGUGGUGAGGCGGGAGACCAUCGUCCUGCGCAGGGAGGCCAUGGCUCACGGCUCCCACAGACAGACUACAAAGGGCGAGCUGAGCCGCGUCACACAGGCCCUGCAGCGCAAGAUCCAGGACACACACAAGCAUGUGGUAGAGUGUGAGCAGGUGAUCAGGGAGCUACAGGAGAGCCAGGUGAGUCUGAGCGACAGGCUUGCGCAGCAAAAGCAGCAGCUGAUAGAACUCUGCGGCACCAGCUAUGUCCUUGACCCUGAGAUCGGAAAUCUCCAGGACACCAAAGACAGGAACCUCGCCCACCUAGUGGUUCUACAGAGCCGCACCAAGAAGCUGCAGGGGGUAUGUGAGGGCAGCUACCAAGCCUUGUCCACCGGCGAAUCCGUUGAAGCCACUCUGCAGAGUCAUACGGAGCGCGUGCACACUACCAGCACCAUCCUGCACCGCGUGUGUGAAGAGUUCCCUGAGCACCAGGGGGCACUCCGCAGGCUGUCGCUAGCACUGGCAACACGCACACAGGCCCAGGAGCAGAUGUCCCGAGAGUGA